GUCUCCUCCCCCGCCUCCCGCAACGGUCGCGGGGCCCUGACGACGGCCACGCCACGCAGCCCUCGACUAGCGCCCGAGCAGAACACCGAGGGGCCCCGCUUUGGCCCGGCCCAGUCCCUCUCGCCGCGCGCCCUGACCGGUGAAUUAUACUUUAAUGUACUAUAGGGUGUAUACUACGGAUGGGAACUAUUAAAGAUUAUAAUGUCAAAAACUUUUCUUACACCAAAGGUAUCUUCCACAAAGGUAGCAGACUGGGUAGACCCAUCAUUUGAUGAUUUGUCAGAGAAUUUGGGCAUCUCUACUAUUACUGCCACAUCAUUAGGUGUGAAUAGAAGUUAUAGAAGGAAAAAUGUGCCUUCCACAUUAGAACGCAGCAGACUGCCGGCUAGAAAAAGAGGAAAGCUAUCUUCCUCAGAACAGAUUUAUGGUGUAGAAAUUUCAAAAGGAUAUCUGUCUGAAAAUGAACCAUGGGUGGAUAAAUACAAACCAGAAACUCAGCAUGAACUUGCUGUGCAUAAAAAGAAAAUUGAAGAAGUUGAAACCUGGUUAAAAACUGAAGUCUUAGAAAGGCAGCAGAAACAGGGUGGAUCUAUUUUAUUAAUAACAGGUCCUCCUGGAUGUGGGAAAACUACAACUAUAAAAAUACUAUCAAAAGAACAUGGUAUUCAAGUACAAGAGUGGAUUAAUCCAGUUUUACCAGACUUCCAAAAACAUGAUUUCAAAGAGAUAAUUAAUCCUGAAUCAAGCUUCCAUGUAUUUCCCUAUCAGUCUCAGAUAGCAGGUUUUAAAGAGUUUCUACUAAGAGCAACAAAAUAUAACAAACUACAAAUGCUUGGAGAUGAUCUGAGAACUGAUAAGAAGAUAAUUCUGGUUGAAGAUUUACCUAACCAGUUUUAUCGAGACUCUCAUGCUUUACAUGAAGUUCUAAGGAAGUAUGUGCAGAUUGGUCGAUGUCCUCUAAUAUUUAUCAUCUCGGACAGUCUCAGUGGAGAUAAUAAUCAAAGGUUACUGUUUCCCAGAGAAAUUCAAGAAGAGUGUGCUAUAUCAAACAUUAGUUUCAACCCUGUGGCACCAACAAUUAUGAUGAAAUUUCUUAAUCGAAUAGUGACAAUAGAAGCUAAUAAGAAUGGAGGAAAUACUACUGUCCCUGAUAAAAUUUCUCUGGAGUUGCUCUGUCAAGGAUGUUCUGGUGAUAUUAGAAGUGCAAUAAACAGCCUACAGUUUUCUUCUUCAAAAGGAGGAAACAAUUUGUGGCCAAGGAAAAAAGGAACAUCUGCCGUGAAAUUGGAUGCUGCACUGUCAAAAUCAAAACAAAGGAGAAAACCUGAUAGAGGUUUUGAAAAUCAAGAGGUCCAAGCUAUUGGUGGCAAAGAUGUUUCUCUCUUCCUCUUCAGAGCUUUGGGGAAAAUACUCUAUUGUAAAAGAGCAUCUUUAGCAGCGUUAGACUCACCACGAUUGCCUUUACAUUUAUCAGAGCAUGAGCGGGAUGCAAUGCUUGUUCAGCCUGAGGAAGUAGUAGAAAUGUCACAUAUGCCAGGAGAAUUAUUUAAUUUAUAUCUUCACCAAAACUACAUAGAUUUCUUCAUGGAAGUGGAUGAUCUUGUGAGAGCCAGUGAAUUUCUGAGUUUUGCAGAUCUCCUCAAUGGUGAUUGGAAUACCCGCGCCUUACUCAGGGAAUAUAGUACAUCUAUAGCUACAAGAGGUGUGAUACAUUCCAACAAAGCCCGAGCAUUUGCUCAUUGCCAAGGAGGAGGAUCAAGCUUUCGACCCUUGCACAAACCCCAGUGGUUUCUAAUAAAUAAAAAGUAUCGGGAAAAUUGCCUGGCAGCAAAAGCACUGUUUUCUGACUUCUGCUUACCAGCUUUGUGCCUCCAGACUCAGCUGUUGCCCUACCUUGCUUUGCUAACCAUUCCAAUGAGAAAUCAAGCUCAGAUUUCUUUUAUCCAAGAUAUUGGAAGGCUUCCUCUGAAGCGACACUUUGGAAGAUUGCACAUGGAAGCCCUGACUGACUGGGAGCAUGGAAUGAUAGACCCAGACAGUGGAGAUGAAGCCCAGUUUAAUGAAGGGCAGCCUGCAGAGGAAGCUUUGGGUGAACCUACUCAAACCGCUGAACCGGGAACCUGGUCCCUUCCUUUGAGUCAGAAUAGUGGGAAUGAACUGCCGGCCAGCCAGCCACAGUCCUUUUCAGCCCAGGAAGACAUGGAAGAAGAAGACAUGACAAUAGAAGACUAUGAGAGCGAUGGGACAUAGACGUCAGCCCACCAGUCACAUUGCUACCUGACAGCAUCCCGCUAGUUUUAUUCAGUGGUACUUGAACAGAGAUUAUAUGCUUUCAAGGGAAUUACAGCCUAAUUCUUCACAUUUUUAAUACUUAAGCACAAGGAAUUGACUCUUCUGUCAUCUUGACGUAAAUAGAAGAUCAAGCCUUCAAAUAUAUCUUAAUUUUUUUCUUUAGUAUUUAUUUAGUCUUGAGAGUGGUGUUGGAAGUGAAGGUCAGUGUGUAUGAAGCAUGUUUGGACAUUAUGCCCAACAUCAGAAAAUGUGAAGGAAUAAUUCCGAAUACAAAAACUUGAUGGGGUUGUGAAUAUGAAUUAUAAAAGUUCAGUAUGCAACUAUGAGUGUAAAUAAACUUUGUGCCUUACUCAGUUUCCUUAUGGUCUCCAGCUUCUCAGAUGCCAUUUUUAUGUUGUAUAGUGGAAUAUUUUAGGUAUUUUUUUUGGAAAGUAUUUACAUAUUUAUAUCGAAAUUAAAACGUUGAAUUAA